AUGUGUUUUAAGCCAUCCUCUUCUCUAGAAUACUCUACGGAUGCGCAGACUGUGGACAGCAAGAAACCCUUCCAGCCGGCUUCACUUAGCAACAAGGCCCUAUUUGUCAAAGUAGGUGCCAAUCCCUACCCCACCACCUCCAAAUCCUCACGAUAUGGCGUCGCUUUCGAUUGUAUAUGGGUCCGCAAAACAACACUCCAUCUCGAGGACGAUACAGGAAGCAGUGACGGAAAGUUCGAGUCUCCUACUUCGUUCGCAUUUUACUCCGCAAUAUGGAUGAGAAUAUUGGGCGUUAAGCAAGUGUCAAGGGGUGAAGCGAGCAUGGCAAAACAUGCAGAACAAUACGUCAGAUUUCCCAUUAUACUGUUCGUGGCCAAUGCCCGAGACUUGCACGCCUAUACUAAGAUCCAAAUCCUUCGAUUAUUCUCUAACUGUCUCGAUCUUACUGAACCGAGCGGCGACGCUUGGGCAGAGAAGGUGGCCAUAUUACGCAGCAGCAUCACUUGGCUCCUUAUUUCUACGGCAACCGAGAAAUUUUUUGCGUUUGGCUGCACAGUUGUGUGGUCUGCCCUCUCAUAUGGUGUGCAGUGUCUGAUUACUUCCAUCUCUCUGUCUAAGUCGGACAACGGUGGCAACUUUCCUCUUACCAAGCCUUUGGAAAGAGAGACGACAGCUGCUUGUAUAAGCUUUUUAGCGAUGGAUUGGAUUAGAUUCGAUGUUAACGUAGCCUUGGUAGCUCAUAGCGUGACUUUAAGUUCGUCCACACUCGGUUUUGGAGAUGUGUACCAUGAUAUUCUUGAUCAUCGGCAUAUGGUUUACUCGGCCAAUUUUAUCGAGUGA